CCAGGCAAUCAGUGCGCUGUCAGCCUGCGAUCGACCUUCGUUUUGCAUCAUCAGAACUUCCCACGAUGUCAUCCUUCAAGGACAAAGUAAUUAUUGUCACCGGAGCUAGCUCUGGUAUUGGGGCGGGUGCAGCCGUCCAUUUGGCUAGCCUUGGAGGUCAACUGGUCAUCGUUGGUCGCAACAUGGAGAAGUUAAAGGAGACGUCCGACAAUAUUGUGGCAAUCGGUGGAGCUCCAGCCGUGGAACUUCAGGCGGAUAUGACCAAAGAGGCGGAGGUGAAACAGAUAGUGGACGCUACUCUUGCAAAAUACGGACGCAUCGAUGUGCUGGUUAACAAUGCGGGUAUCCUAGAAAGCGGAUCCAUCGAGAACACAAGUUUGGAGCAGUUUGAUCGCCUGAUGAACACCAAUGUGCGGUCCUUGUACCAACUCACCAUGCUGGCGACUCCGGAGCUGAUCAAGACCAAGGGUAACAUAGUAAAUGUCUCUAGCGUUUGUGGGAUACGCGCCUUCCCGGGUGUCCUGGCCUACAACGUGUCCAAGGCGGCAGUUGAUCAGUUUACGGCAUGCGUGGCAUUGGAGUUGGCCUCCAAAGGAGUACGAGUCAAUGCCGUGAAUCCUGGUGUAAUUGUAACCGAUAUCCACAAGCGUGGCGGCAUGGACGAGGAGACGUACGCCAAGUUCCUGGAGCACUGCAAGGUAACACACGCCCUUGGUCGUCCUGGUGAUGUCAAGGAGGUUGCGGCAGCCAUUGCCUUUCUGGCCAGCGAGGCCGCCAGCUUCAGCACUGGAGUCAGCCUUCCAGUGGACGGAGGUCGCCAUGCCAUGUGCCCGAGAUAAGGAAGAGCUUAUGAAGACGCAACUCAUAAUGUCUUCGACAACACAAUAUUCAGUUCAAUUUAUUAACAUUAAAUUUUAUUAAAUACUUAAAAGCUUAA